AUGACAAAUAAUUUAGAAGAUAGUGAAAUCACAAUAGGAGAAGUUGAAGGAAAACUUGUCCAUAUUAAGGAUUCAAAUGAUCAAAAUAUUAUUAAAUACAUAAAUGCAGAGGGGCUUGCAUUUCCAAGGUUAUAUAUUCCAUCAAAUAUUAAAUAUCCACAUGAAACAAAAUUUGGUAAACGUAAAUUUUUAUCUGCAUCAACAAGUUAUGAAAUGAUGCCACAUGCAAAUUUCAACCUGUUUAGUUUAAUUGAGAGAUCAAAAACUUGGAUUGAAGAAAAGAAGAAUCAAAUCAGUACUUUAAAUCUUGGAAAUAUUUUACCGAGUUUUAUAUCAAUUCUAUUAUUCAAUAAAGAUGUCGAUCAUUAUAUCAAAUCAUUACGAGAAAGGAUAAAUAAUUCUGCAAAAUAUAUAUUUGCAUGGCAUCCACGUUGUUCGCUCUUUGCUAUUGCUCAUAAAGCUGAUGCAAUUUAUUUAUAUGAUUUACGUGUUGAGGCCUGGUUUCCGGAAGUAUUGGAAACUGAAUUACAAAGAGAAAUAACUUGUAUGGCAUGGAAACCAUUUGGUAGUAAUUUAUUAGCUGUUGGAUGCCGACGUGGAAUAUGUCUAUGGGAACUUUCAUUGAAUCAAAAUAUAAAUUCUGGUGACACAUCAACAUUAACAACAGGAUCAUUAGAUGGAUCAAUUAUUUUGUGGAAUACAACAUUAGAAAUUGGCACACCAAUAAUUAAUAAUUGCAACGUUAAUCUUCUUGUUUGGAGUCCACUGGGAAAUAUUCUUUUUGCCACUUACUUAGGCGGUUUAAUAGAAGUGUGGGAAACUCAACGAUGGACUUCGAAAAAAUUCACUGUGCCUUUUAAUAAAAAUGAUUCUAUCAAGUCAGCUUGUUGGACAAAAGAUGGACAUGCUGUAUUUCUUAUAUUAGAAAAUGAUUAUUGUGUUCGUUCAGUUACCAUUUCACCAAAUCUAGAUUUUGAAUGGUUAGUUGAAACCAACAUCGCAGAUAUUCCAUCAUGUUCUGAGGAUAGUGUUAUAGACUCGUUAGCAAUAGAUCCAACAGGAGAAAGAUUAGUAGCAAAUAUUGAUAAUAACAAAUACAUUAUCGUAUUCAAAGCUAAUCGACCAACACUUGUAACACGGAUUAAUAAACUUUUGACAUUUCAAGAUUUAAUCAGAGGCCCUUCAUGGUAUUUAAAUCAAGAAGAUGCAAUUUUUCAAGCAAGACCUGAUCCAGUACCAAUCUCCAUCAAUUUCGCAAAUCAAUUUAAAAGAGGUGCUUUACUAAGUGUGGUAAAUAUAUGUUCGGAUUUUGGUCUUGGGUUGGGAUUUUAA